AUGGGGAAUUGUCAAGCCAUAGAUAAUGCAAGUCUGGUAAUACAGCAGCCUUCCGGCAGAGUAGAUAAAAUGUAUACAGGCGUCCCUGCUAGUGAUAUCAUGAAAACCAACCCUGGCUAUUAUGUUGCUCUUCUUCUCACCACCACUCUCUAUCCACCUUCCUCCAACAACCAACCGCUUCGCAUCACUCGAAUUAAGCUUCUCCGCCCCACUGAUAAUCUUCUUCUUGGUCAUACUUACAGGCUUCUCAGUUCACAAGAGGUGAUGAAAGGGCUGUGGGCCAAAAAGUAUGCAAAGAAGCAGAACAAACAAGCACCAGCAUCUGGGGAGGAAGUGAUCAGUUCAAGCUCAGAGUUUGAUAAUUUUGCUGCUGCUGCCGCAACAAAACAGGUGAUAAAUCAUGAUAGACACCGAACAAAGACAUCAUCAUCCGCAAACUCUGCAACAGCCAGACCUAAAGGAUGGCAUCCCUCACUGCACAGCAUCAAUGAGGCAGCAAGCUGAUCCAUUAACGUAUAGCAGCAGACAUUAAGCUUCAUUAAUCCGGUGACAUGGAUAUCUACCGAGUGUUUGGUGGUAAAUAAGAAUAGAUCUAUCAAGUCCAGACAUGUCGAAGAUGACCCUGUCAAUGGCUAUUAUCUAGUGUAGUGCAAUGUAAAUAAUAGUCAAGGUUGCUCAAUCUUACCUCCAUGUAAACUUCUACUGGUCAUUUUUUUUCUUUUACAUAUUUCGCUUGUCCAGAAACGUAUUUGCAACUAAAGAGACUGCAGAAUGUAUGCAUAUUGUGUUGCACAUUA